AAUCAGUGGGCCUGGGGUGGACAGUCCUGGCUCCUUCUCAGCUGCCCACAAAGAUCGUUCGGCCCUUGGGUGGUGACAGGACUCUGGCCCAAAGUCAAGGAACAGCAGUGAUAAAUGGGUGGGUGUGACGGACUGGCUGGCUAGUUGCCUCUCUCCUCGUCACUUGCUGGGCGCUCCGGAUUAGCAGGAGAACAGCCAGGAUCCCUGCACAACGGACCUGGGCUUCGUCAAAGGAGUUUCCCUUCCAAUCCCUGGAGCACCGGAGACGGGACGGAGAGAGCAUGAGCACCGCAGGCCAAGUGAUCCGCUGCAGGGCGGCCGUGCUCUGGGAGCCCAAGAAACCUUUGUCCAUCGAGGAGGUGGAAGUCGCUCCCCCGAAGGCCUUGGAGGUCCGCAUCAAGAUUGUGAAUUCGGGAAUCUGCCGCUCGGAUGACCAUGUGGUAUCUGGAACACUGAAGUUCCCCUUUCCGGUGAUCCUGGGCCACGAAGCGGCUGGAAUUGUGGAGAGUAUCGGAGAAGGGGUCACCACUGUGAAACCGGGAGACAAAGUAAUUCCUCUCUUCACACCGCAAUGUGGCAAAUGCAGGGUAUGCAAGCAUCCCGAGGGCAACCUCUGCCUUAAAAAUGAUAUCGAAGCUCUGAAUGGAGUCCUGCAGGACGGCACCAGCAGAUUCACCUGUCGAGGCCAAGCCAUCCACCACUUCCUGGGCACGAGCACCUUCACGGAGUUCACUGUGGUCGACGAGGACUCGGUGGCCCGGAUCGACGCGGCCGCCCCGCUGGAGAAGGUCUGCCUGAUCGGCUGCGGCUUCUCCACCGGCUACGGCUCCGCCAUCCGAGUGGCCAAGGUGACCCCCGGCUCCACCUGCGCCGUCUUCGGCCUGGGGGGCGUGGGCCUGUCGGUCGUCGUGGGGUGCCGGGCGGCCGGGGCGGCCCGCAUCAUCGGCGUGGACAUCAACAAGGACAAGUUCGCCAAGGCCAAGGAGCUGGGAGCCACCGAAUGCGUCAACCCCCGGGACUUCGAGAAACCCAUCCAGGAGGUGCUGGUCGAAAUGACCGGCGGGGGAGUGGAUUUCUCCUUCGAGGUCAUCGGGCGGCUGGACACCAUGGAAGCUGCCUUGGCGUCCUGCCACAUGGGCUACGGAGUCAGCGUGGUGGUGGGGGUUCCGCCUGGGGCCCAGAAGCUCACCUUUGACCCCAUACUGCUCUUCAACGGGCGCACCUGGAAGGGGGCUGUUUUCGGAGGAUGGAAAAGCAGAGAUUCUGUCCCCAAGCUGGUGUCCGAUUUCAUGGCCAAGAAAUUUCCUCUGGACCCGCUCAUAACCCACGUCCUCCCUUUCAGCCAGAUCAACGAAGGCUUUGACCUGCUCCGGGCGGGAAAGAGUAUCCGCACCGUCCUGACGUUUUAAGGCGCUACCGUGACCCCCCCGGAAGAUUUCUUCUUAAACAGGCCUGCCAGCCUUUAGAUCAUCCUACCAGAGAAUCAUGUCGAAUCAAUGAAAAACAAUGAGGAAUUCCACCCUCCAGAGCCGGACACAAUUCAACAGAGUUGCAUCUUAUCCCUGACAGGUUUUCACAUUUCAGUUAAAACUGAAAAUGUAGGCCAUUUCAAUUUCAGCAGAGAUCUUGGGAAAGCCGAAAAAGAUCUUUUCUAACAAAGGGUUUCUAAAAAGCUCUUCUGAGCAGUGCAGUCGCGCACCAGGAGCGGUCCUUCUCUGCUUGUGAAUAAUCUUCUUUUGACUCCUUCCACCACACCUAUGGCCUUCUGCUGGUCAAGGGCCCACAGUUCUCACUGUCUGAAGCAAGUCGGGUGAGGUUUUGGGGGUUUUUGUAGUGGGAGGGGGCUUCUGUGUCUGAAACCCCUGCCCUCUGCUUCCCAGAGUAUGACAGUUCGCACAAGAAGGCAAGCCUCUUUCAAAGGAACCACCCACCCCCCUCUCAGAGCAGACGAAAGGAAAACCCACCUAAAUUCCCAGGCUUUCAAAUGGAAAAUAGAAUUGAGAAAGCGGGAAGUGCCACUGAUUUUUUUUGUUUCUGCUUCUUUUUUAAAGCAUAUGUAUCUGACAACAGCGAUUUCCCUUCUGCACCAGCUCACUAGCCAAUAGUGAAGGCAUCAAUACUUUAUAGCUGUUAACUGUCGAAACUCAAUAAAUUAGUCGCUUGCAACCCCUCUCACGUGAAUGAACCAUCGGUUUGGCUCUUUAAAGAAUUUAGCCCUCUCGCUUUGCAGUGCUUCUUCUAUCGGUGACAUUCAGUCAGAAAAUUAGCAAAUAGUUCUCUA